AUGAAUCAAAAUAUAAAGGAUAAUUUAUGUCGUUUUUUGAAAGCAGAAGGCACCUAUAAGGAGGUCAAACCCUACCUUGAAAAAAUAUAUUAAAAGGAUCAGUAAUACUUAAUUCAAUAUUUAGAUAAUAUUAUGAACCAAUAUGUUAAGCUAUUGUAUCUGCUUUUAGAGAAUAAAAUCCUAUUUAAUGUUUUUUAGCAGCUAGAAUGGCAAAGGAAGCAAUAGAAAAACAAAAUAAUGAUUUUUUAACUGUCUUUCAAGAUAUCUGUCUUCAAGAGUAUGAAUAAUUGGCAGGAGAUACAUUAAAUAUAAGACUGCAUGAUAAAGCAAAUUAAUUUUUUAAAAGAAGUAAUGAUGCUAGCAGUUAUGGAAUUAGCUUUUUUCAUUUGAUUUUAGAAAGUAUUCAUUUUUGGGCUAGGUAAUAUUAAAAAAAAAAUGAUGGAUUCACUCCAACUAAAUUCUACUAAACUUAUUAAAAUCUUAUGAAUAAAGGAAUAUAAUUUCCUUAAGCUAAUUACUUUGAAGCAUAACCAACAAUCAACAAUAAUAAAAAUAAUAUCGUAAAUAAAUUAGAUAUAGUAAAUGAUCUAGAAAAUUAAUUAAAAUUGAUGAAAGAAUAACAUGAAAUAGAACUAUCUGUAAGAGAAUAAACUUACGCUAUAGAACUUUAUAAUUUAUAAGAAGAAAAUAAUAAUUAUAAAAAUUUUAAACAAAUAUUAGAUGAAUAGAUAUAGGAUUAUAAAAGAAAUGAAGAUAAACAUAAAAAAGUAUAAUAAGAGUUUCGAGAAGCUUAAAUAUAAUUGAAAUAAUUAGAAAUCGAAGUAAAAAAUAGUAAAUUACAAGAGGAAUAAUUAUAAAAAGAAUUAAAAGAGAAAAAGAAUUUAUAAUAUUAAAUUUAAUAACAAAAUGAAUAGAUUAAAGAACUUUAACAAAAUAACUAGAUAUUAAAAGAUAGAAUAUAAUAAUAAGAGAAUAGAAUAUAACCUUAAAAUGAUUUACUACUCUAAAAUUAAAUCAAAGAACUCUAAAAAAACAAUAUGACUCUUAAAACAGAGUUGGAUAAUAAAAUUAAAGAAAUUCAAGAAUAAAAGAUUUAGUGCUUAGAAUAAGAAUAAAAUAUUUAUUAGUUAAAAUUAUAAUUGAAAGCAAAAGAAAAAUUGAAUUCUGAAGCAAAUGGAUAUAAAAAUUAUGAAGAAAAAUAAAUUAUAUAAAAAUAUGAAUAAAGUAUUUAAGAUUUAAAAAGAAGUAUUAAAUAACUAGAAGGAGAAAAUAAAUUUUAUGCCUAAAAUUUAUAGGAAUAAUAAAAGAAGAAUCAAAAUCUUGAAGUUUAAAUUUUAAAUUCAUAAUAAAAAUAAUUAGCUUCUGAAAAUAAGAUUAAAGAAUUAUAAGAAUAAUUAGAUUAAUUAAAGUAAAUAUCUCCAAUUAGAUCUAAUUCAAGUAGAGCUUAAGUUAAGUAACAUAGUGCAACUCAAUUUUAAAAUUUCUUCCCUGCAGAACCAUAAAGAAAAUAUAUUAAAAAUUUUAAUCUACAUUAUGAUUUUUAGGAAGAUUUCAAUUAAUUGUUUACAAAGCCUAAACCUAUAGAAGUAGAAAAUAUAAAUGCAACAAUAUUCUUUCCCUAUAAGACACCAGAGUAAUAUUAUUCUAGCAUCCCUGUCAGAUAACAUAAGGGAACAGAAAUUACUUAUUAAAAUUAAAUUAGUGUAUUAAAAGAUUUGAAAUAAAAAAAUAAAUAUCUCUUCUAAAUUUUCCAUGUUAAUAGAACAACAAAUUAUUUCAUCGAUUUACCUUCAAUUUAAGUGGCUAUUGUAAAAUAGGUUUAAAAAUUAGGGGAACAAUACUAAAUCUGUUAUGGAAUUUAUUUCAAAACAGAAGAAUAAUCUAUCAAUUUAUCAGGAAAAUUUAUAAUUUAAGAUAGAAUGUUUUAUUGUCUUUCAUCACCUUAAACAGAUUUUAACGUUACUUUAACAAAGAAAUAGCAAUACAUACUAGAAUAUUCAAUCAAUGAUAAAUGUAAAGAAUUAGAAGAGCUACUUGUUCUUGAAAUAAUUUAUAAGUAAAAAAUGAUUAUUACAUUAGAGAAAAAAUAUAAUAAUUGUUUCUUCCAAUAUCUUUAUUAGGUUUAAUUGAUUUUUAACAAGUAACUAAGGAAACUUUUAAAAAAUGCUGGAAAUAAUUUUAAAUCUUAAGGUCAAAAAAAUUCAAUUAUAAUUCUUUCGUUUUACCAUAAUAUGAUAGUAUUUUACAUAUUAGCAAAUGUUUUAUUCUAAUAAAUAAAGAAAAAUUAAUGCCAUAUUUAUAAGGAAUUGAUGAAAUAAAAUAUGGAGCAUAAUUUAAGUUAUUAGGUUCAUAAUUAGAAGGAUUACUUAAAUUUGAAUUUAUCCCAUAAAAUUAAAUGAUUAUAUAUUUAGGAGUUAGAAAAGAGAAACAUCAUUAAUUUUAGUAUCUAAUAAAUAAAAUAAUCAAUUCUUAUCAUUCAAUAUUUUAGUCAAUAUGA